AUGCGCUUCAUGGACAUGGAUAAGGACGCCGAUGAGAGCGAUUCUGGCAGCAUAUCCAGCAGCCCGCUGGCCGGGCCGACCAGCGCCGCCGCCCCCGAGGAGGGGCGCGGUCCAGAAGGAGCGGCCACGUCGAUCGUGAGUCGCAUGAGGAAAAGGCUGGCCGAGGCGGCGUUCGGCACCGCCGAGCCCGGUUCCGCGCCCACGCGCCCCGGGCCGCCACUGCCACCGCCCCAAAAGCACCGGCGGACCCUCGCGGGACCGGGCACCACCACCACCACCACCCCUCAAGCACGGGCCGACGAGACCGCCGCCCCCCGCCCCACGCCGGCGGCCGCGCGGCAGGAGGGCGGCCUCGACCACCCGGACGUGCCCGCCCCGACCAGCACCGCCGACGGCGACCCGGACCUCGGGCGCGCGCGGCUCAUGGUGCGCGUGUGCGAGGAGCUCCGGCGCUACGGGGCGGGGCGGCGGCGGGCGCACCGCGAGGCCGUCGAGGCGCUCGAGCGCCACAUCAGCGACGGGGCCGACGACGACGAGGUUGGGUGGCUGGUCGGGGCCCUCGAGGCCGCCCGGUCCGUCGAGUGCGGCGAUAACCUCCUCAUGGGCAGCACCGAGGCGUACUGGGCGCACGCCAGGUGUCUGGAUGGGCUGCUGGUCGAGCUGGGGGCGAGGAUCGAGUUCCGGGAGUUCCUGGACGGUGGCUCUGGGAUCAGUCCGGUCCGCCGUGUUGAUGGCUUUGGGGUGUAUUAUGAGGUGUAG